CAAGAUAUCCCCCCCCCACUUAUGAUUUAUAUGGAGUUUCUUUAGAAUAUAAUUGAUUUUGCUUGUUUCAGAUCUUUACCAUGGACAUUGGGGAAAUCAUGAGCUACAAGCCGGUCACCGCGCCGAAACGACCGGCAGCCGGUGACGCCAAAGAGGAAGAGGAAGAAGUGGAAGACAAUCCCAACGACAGUUAUGAGAAACGAGCCGCCAAGCGUCGGAAGAAGAUGAAAGCCCAACAGCGACGGAAAGAAGAGGAGAAAAUGGCCAUGUUGGAGGCCGAGGCUGCUCAAGCCUUGGCCCAAAAGGCCGACAACGAUGGCCUGACCGAUGAGCAGCGCCAACAAAUCAAAGAAAUGGUGGACAAUGCAGAGGACACCACGGAAGCCCUAGACGAGUUGACCAUGAAGAAACUGAUCUUGGCCUUUGAGAAGAAGGGCCUGAAGAAUCAAGAGCUCCGCAUCAAGUUCCCGGAUGAGCCGAAGAAGUUCAUGGAGUCCGAGGUUGAACUCCAUCAGGCCAUCCAGGAUCUCCGAGCUUUGGCCACGGCUCCGGAUCUCUAUCCUUUAUUGGUAGAACUCGACUGUGUCCCCAGUUUUCUGGGUUUGCUCUCGCACGAAAAUACGGACAUUGCUGUGGCCGCCGUGGAUCUCUUCCAAGAGCUCACCGACGUGGAUACCUUGAACGAGUCUGAGGACGGAGCCGACGCCCUUGUUCAAGCUCUCAUGGACAAUCAAAUCUCGGCCUUGCUUGUACAAAACCUGGAACGCCUGAACGAUUCCGUUCGUGAGGAAAGUGAGGGCAUCCAUAACACCUUGGCCAUUUUCGAGAACCUGAUCGAGAUCCGGCCGGAAGUCUGCCAAGAAGCCGCCGAGGCCGGCCUUUUGUCCUGGCUCGUGAAAAAACUCAAAGUAAAAGUAGCUUUCGAUGAUAACAAGCUCUAUGCUAGUGAAAUCCUCUCGAUCUUCCUCCAAAACGAGCCGAGUAAUCGCCAAAAGUACGGUGAGAUGGGCGCCAUCGACUCCUUGCUCCAACAAUUGGCCUACUACAAACGUCAUAAUCCGGGCACUCCGGAGGAGCAGGAGAUGAUGGAGAAUCUCUUUGAUUGCCUCUGCUCGUUGCUAUUGUUCACUCCCAAUCGAGAAAGGUUUCUCAAGGGUGAGGGCCUUCAACUCAUGAACCUCAUGCUUCGUGAACGCAAAGUCUCUCGCAACGGAGCCCUCAAGGUUCUCGAUCACGCACUCAUCGGGCCCGAAGGCAAGGACUGUAGUGCCAAGUUUGUCGAUAUCCUCGGAUUACGCACCAUCUUUCCCCUCUUCAUGAAGACGCCCAAGAAGAACAAAAGGAAGGGUGUGAGUGCUGAAGAACACGAGGAGCACGUAAUAUCAAUUGUGGCUUCCCUAAUGAAAAACGCUCGAGGCCCGCAACGUCAGAGACUCAUGACCAAGUUCACCGAGGGUGACCACGAAAAGGUGGAGCGACUCAUGGAGUUGCACUUCAAGUACUUGGACAAAAUGGAAGACGCGGAUCGUCGAAUCAAGCGCCAACGAUUAGAUGAGGACGAGGCGUAUCUGAAGCGUCUGGAUUGUGGGUUGUUUUCGUUACAAUUGGUGGACUACAUCGUAUUAGAGGCGUGCUCAAGUGGUGCCCCCACUGUGAAACAACGCACCCUCCAGAUCUUGAAUCAACGUAGUGGAACGGUUCAGACGAUCCGGAAUAUCGUGAGAGAAUAUGCGGGCAAUCUGGGCGACACCGAAAGUAAUAAUGAACUGUCGGAUAAUACUGAGGCCAAGGAAGAAGAGCGAGAGGGUGAAAGGCAACAUCUGCUCCAUUUGGUGGACAAAUUUUGAUCAGUUUUUUGUAAUUUUCGGUUUUGGUGAUAAUAAAAACUAGAACCUGG